AUGAGCCAAGAGAAUAUGAACUUCCUUGAUGUAGCAGCACCAACAGUUUGUUCUCUUGGGUGGAGAAGCGUUCUCCACGGUAGGGACCUCCUAAAGGCUAACCUAGGAAAAGCUAUAGGGAAUGGCCAGACAACAAAGCUCUGGAAGGAUACAUGGAUCUCACUAAACGACCAGAUAAAACCUAUAGGUCCAGUUCCUGAGGCAGCUUUGGAUCUAAGGGUAUCAGACAUCCUAACAUCAGACCUAAAAUGGAACAAGAAAAGGAUUAACGAGCUAUUACCGGAGUAUGCGAUCCAAAUCCAGGGGCUUCAGCCAAGCACAAAGGGAGCGGAGGACACCUUCAUUUGGCAGCCUCUUGCAACAGGAGUCUACACAACACGCUCAGGUUAUAAUUCUGCAGCUGUUCAGAAGGAAGAAAGAGUCACUACCACAAAUAAUCUACAAGAUUUUCACUGGAUAAAGGAUCUAUGGGCGGAGGAAUACUCACCAAAGCUGAAAGUGUUUAUCUGGUCUAUCAUCCAAGGCGCGAUCCCUCUGGGAGAAAACCUGCAAUCAAGAGGCAUGGGAUCAGAAGCUUGCUGUCCAAGAUGUAAGGAACCUGAAACACCGAUGCAUACCUUCUUCCUCUGUGAGUUUGCUAGGAAAGUUUGGGAUAAUGUCCCCCUAAAAGAUACAGUUCACAUAGCUGUAGGAGAGACUUUCAAAGCAGCCAUAACUCGAUUCCGCAAGGCUACAUGUCUUCCACCGAGAGGAGUUACGACAAACAUCAUGCCUUGGGUAUGCUGGUCAAUUUGGAAGGAUCGCAAUUCACUGAUUUUUGAAGAAAAAUGUCUAGGGCCUAGCAAGGUUGCAGCAAAAGCUUUAGGCUUAGCCCGAGAAUGGAAGAACGCUCAACAAGCACAUCAGACAAGGGAACAUGGGUUACCUCAAAUGAGACAGAACCAGAGCACUCCCGCACAGAAUCUAAUUGAGUGCAGAACCGAUGCAGCAUGGAACAAGGAACAGCGAAGAGCGGGGCUGGCUUGGGUAUUCAAAGGGGUCACGCUCCCAUCACCAGAUCGAGGAUCUACCACACAAGACUUCGUCAACUCACCACUGAUCGCGGAAGCUUUAGCGGUGAGAUCGGGUCUUUGCAUGGCGGCAACACUGGAGCUCCCAAAGCUCAAAGUUUGCUCCGACAAUUCAACGCUCAUAGCAGCAAUCAACAACAAACAUCAGAUGAAAGAGAUUGUGGGUAUCGUCAGAGAUAUUCAAGAAAUCUCUUCUGAUUUUGUUUCUAUCUCCUUUUUUCAUAUUCCCCGUAAGAACAACGAAGAGGCAGAUCUAUUGGCUAAACAGGCCCUUAGAAAUGUUUCUGUGUAA